AUGUCGAUUGAUGACAAUUUGAUAUCGUCUAGUGAAUCUCAGCUCCAUACUGACGACAGUUUCGCGGGCAUAAAGGACUCGGUAAAAAUCUCCCAAUUGACCAUGAAUCAAAAUAUCAUCUCGCUCACAAACAAGGCUGCGGUUGUCAUGCAGCAUCCCACUACAAGCCUAUCUCCAAGCUCUGCCGAUCAGAACUUUGAUGAUUGUCAUACACCAGAAUCAGCAUCGCCCGCGGCUCAUGAGAUGAGCCAUGACACGGAGAUAUCGGACCAGAAUAACAAAGGCUUAGCGGCAUGCAGCGCCGAGGUUUUGGAUCUACAGAACCACGUCACUCUAGCCUCCGCCUCAUCGGGUGCAGAGGCAGAAGUCACUGUGUUGCCUGCCGAUUGCGGACCUGAAGAUUUCUUCAUCGAUGAUGCCAUAUCAGACUCCUGGCUGCAUCUUGAGGACAGCAACGACGAGGAAUCCUCAGAGGCUAGAAUCACCGUGGAAUCGGAGACCGUCAAUCGUAUCUUGUCACGGAUAACCGAUAUUUCGACUCUGCCGUCCUCAAUCCCUGAUCCUUUCGACGACUAUCUGUUCUGUCACUACAUUCAGAACCUUUCUCUCUGCCUUUACCCCAUGAGGCCAGAUUGCAACCCGUACCGUGAAAUUUAUGGCGACCUUGCAGUCAGUUCUCGACCGCUACGAAGCACAAUACUAUUUGCCUCCGCAUCACACCUAGCAAACCUGGGGAGAUUGCCCAAAUUCGCCGUUCAGCCAUACCGCAAGGCCAUGAGAGUGGCGUUCCGAGAGGGUAUAGCCACAGACACCGACCUCGAAGGACUCGCCGCUACAGCCCUACUGUCGGUAAUAUUUGAUGUCAUUGAUACUGGCUUGGACACUUGGAGUACGAGACUUCUUGGGUGCCGCCGUCUACUUAAAAACGCCACGGACAAAUUGAAUGGAACCAAUGGACGGUUCCUGCAGUGCAUGAUCGUUCAAUACAAUUGGGCUGCUACUAUGAGUCGCACACUUCUGAGGGAUGUUGUAUCUCCGGAGGUGCUUGACGAAAUUGGGACCGUCAUCCAUGUCCCUGGCCCAGAUCCGAAGGCUGAAAGCACGCAAGGGGCCAGAAUACAGUCCCUCUGGUGGCAUAAUCUCCCUGAUCAUGCUAUGCACCUCAUGUUCCGUGAGGUGACGGAUCUCGCUGCCCAAGUGCAUCAGAUGAAAGCAUCUCGCAACUCAGUCGACGACACUCUCAAACUUAUGGCUCGAGCCGGCGAGCUCGUUCGGAGCCUGGAAAACUGGACCCCGGACGUGUCGAUCGUUGAUCAAGAGCACAUGGAUUCCGUCGAGCAUUUUAACACCAUAUGGCAGCUUGGAUUACUUUGCUUCAUCCACCACGAAAUUUACACCCUCGAUUCCAGCGACCCUCGCAUCCAGAACUACGUAGCCAUGGCUAGCGAACCUCUCCGGAAACUCUCAUGGCUACAGGCCUGUCUCUUCCCUCUUUUCAUGCUCGCGAUACAUGCUCAAACAUCUGAGUCACGGUCCACGAUCGAAGAGUCCCUCAGCAUGAUGCAUACUUCCCUAGCUUUUCAGACUCCGCUUACCUUACUUCUCUCUCUAAAGAAGUUUUGGAGCCAUUUGGAUACAUAUGGAACUGCUACCUCUAGAUGGCGAGAUCUAUUCAGGAACACAACUCGGGAGUUUAAUAUCUUAUUAUAA